UAGAUAACAUCAUUUGACCAGAAAACCCACUAUAUUCCAAGUCAUUAAGUUGUUCAUAUCACGUAAAAUUAGAUCCGAAGUAUCCACAAUGGAUGAGGCCGUACGGCCAAACUACACGGUGCAGAUGAAGACUGAGUACAUGUGUAGCUUCUGUGGAGAAAUGUUCACAAAUCUGCCAGAGAUGCAGCUUCACGUGUCCACGCACACGAGAGGAAUGGCGAGUAGCAGCUCGUGUAAUGUCUGCGGCAAGUCGUACAACACCGCGUCCAAGCUGCGGCGCCACGUGCGCACUCACAGCGGCGAGAAGCCCUACCCUUGCGGGAUCUGCGGCAGGUGUUUCGGACGCUCUGAUCAUCUUAAGCAGCAUAUGAAGGUGCACUUCAUGGCGUCCAAGAGGCAGAAGAAUCUCUGUAGACUGUGUGGGAUGAUGUUUCUAAAGAUAGAAACCCUGUUGUCUCAUUUGAGCGAGCAUGGCGUGGUGUCGGCACACAACUGCGCGUAUUGCGGAGAAAUGUUCGGGAGCGCGGAGAAACUGGAACUGCACGAGAGAGAGCAUGUGAAAACUCAAACUGGGCCCGUUGAGAACGUCGGCGAGUUGAAGCUGGAAGCCCCGGACAUUGCUGGUGAUGUCCAGGAAACAUUGACAAGGUUUCCUCCUGGUGAAGGUGUCGCGCAGGACACGACGUUCCCAGAGAUAAUGCUAGGUGUUGCCAGGCGGUCUGCACAAGGCAAUAAUGGAACCACUGACCACAAUGCAUGCAGCGAGAGCAGUACUAAAGCUGUGCCCUUAUCUUUGAUAUCCAUGUCGAAUUUACAGCCACGUAUUGCAGCUUUCCCGAGAACUUUUACGCAUGAAUUCGAUGUUGUAAGCGCGCAGGCAACAGCAAAUUUUGACAAUCAAUCUGAACUUGCUAGAAACCUAAGUUCGUGCUCCCCAUUUCAUAUUUUCCCCGCGACUGCUACAGGGAAGCCUGAAGGUAUGGUAGACGGCGAAGUCGGCUUUUCUUCUAGUAGCGGUCAGAUCUCUGUGUCUUCGGAGCAAGAUGCUGUACCCGCUGCAGACGACGCCGACACCGGACCGGAAGUGAGGGACGCACCCGAGCCGAAGCGCCACUGCCGCAGAAAACACCGUACGCCAAGGAAGUGCGAAGUGCGCGACUUGGUGAGCGAUGAGGAUCAGCGAGACGAAGUUAAGUUGAACGAUAACUGUGGACUUGUGCCGUCGGAAGAUGGGUCAAUACAUGUAGAAGGUAUUGGAGUUGGUGUAGGAGCUGGAACCUUCCAGCCGAUUUCAUGCGAACGUGGGCUUCUCCCAAGAGGCUGCUCUGAGAAGGCAAAGGAAAUGUCGACGCUAGAACCUAACAGAGCUUUCAAACCCUCCACUAACGACAGCAGGCAGUCAUUUGACUUGUGUUGCCAAGAUUCGACAGGUAGCGAGGUGGACAGGCUGCAUUGUAGUACAGAUUGCAGCUCAGUGGAUCGGUCUCCUAUGCCAAGCCAUCACAUAGCCGCGAAUGCUUACCGCAGCAGUCUCCUGAUGCACGGAUCAGAUUUCCGGUCCCGGAUGCGUGCAUCUCGCUUGUGCUUGGCGAAAGCUCCUGACACACCUGGACAUUGCUCUCCCCCUCGCUCUCCCAUCCUUCCUGUGGGGUCAUGGGAAGCACCUGCAUCUGAACCAGACGCUCCAGGGCUUCAGAGAACGUUCCGAUGCGAACCUUGUAGGACUUUGUUUGAGGACUAUUCCAUGUAUUUGUUGCAUAAUAGCUUACAUGUCCGGGGAGGACAAACGCCAUUCGCUUGUCUGCGCUGUGGAAAAAGACUCGGGAAUCGACUGGAGUUCACCGCUCAUCUUGUCUGGCAUCUUUCCCCAAAUAUGGACAGGUUGUAGUGAUACCAAUCUGCACACGAGAGUAAUGCCGUGCAACAGUUCGUGUAGCGUGUGCGGCAUGACCUCCAACACGGCGCCCAAGUGGUGAGAAGACCUACCCCUCGGGAGUCUGCGGCAGGUUUUUCUGUUCUAAGAACACUGAUAAGUGGAGAAUUCAAGAACGAGGGUAUAUAUUCCAUAUGAAAAGUAAGCCAUAGUAAUCAAAAUUCAGUAGAUAAACAAUUUGUUUAUAACAUUGAGGUAUCUUAUGUAUAGCAAUAGGAGCCUACGUGACCGAGGUGGUUGGCGCACCAGCGUGGCGCAAUGACCCAGGAACCUUUCACCAAAUACGGUCGCUGUGAGUUCAAGUCCAGCUCAUGCUAGCUUCCUUUCUGGUCGUACGUAAGAAGAUUCAGGUGUUUUCAUUUAUACUUAUACCCUUUACUUCUUGUGAAUGGUUAUGCAUGGUGUUUUACAUAUGUCUUGGGCUGCUGUAGACAGCAGUGAAUACAACAUUUCUGGAAACGAUUUUG